UCUAAGGCCGAUACCCAAGAGCCGAGGGCCAACGGUGCAUUUCGAGCCUCGGGAAACUCGGCCUGUGAACCCGGUUCAAAAGCGCCUCAAUCGAUGCACCAGCAACACCGGAUGCCACAAUGGACCGUCUCGUAG